UUCAGGGCCACCGUACCAAAGCGCCGUUGUCGUGUAAACGAAUGGCCAAACCGCAUUCAACGUUUUCUGUUUUUUGUUGAAAACCUUGUCGUGUAAACAUCCCUUUCGGUAGGCUAUAUUUAAUAGUAAUUAGCACUACAGUAGUUAUUGGUUUGUGAAAAUGUCUCAAUUAAACACACUGAAACUAUUCGUCAACGAACGAUUAGCUGCUGCAGCAGAAGAGAUAUUUGGAAUGAUGGAGAAAACUUUUACCGAGCAUCACGUGGAAAUUUCCCGUUUAUCUAAGGAGCUCGACUAUCAACGCAGAAUACUGGAUAUUGCCCUCAAACCCCAGUUAAAGUUGCAUAGAACCGACCACCAGCAUAAGUGUAGCGUCAAUUCUCCUGAAAAGGAGAUUUCCCCAGAACAGCAGCAUGGUGAAUUGAAGUGGUGCUUCAGUUCAGUGAAGGAGGAACCAAAGGCCCCACAAGUAAAAGAAGAAAACGAGGAAGUUCUAAUCAGUCCAGGAAAACAUAAUCAAGGGCUGGAGGUUGACACUCAGGAGUUCAUAUUGAGUCAAACGUCUGUGAGAAGUGAGGACCAAAUUACACCCCCAUGCAGAACUCUGGAGAAAAGUGAAGAAGAUCUGCCUGGCACACCAACCAACCAAACUAAAACAGAGCUUGCAUGCAAGCUGGAUUCCAUAAAGUUGUUGCAGUCAAAACCACACACUGCUCCUUAUACAUGUAAGAUUUGUGAAAAGGCUUUUCAUUAUAAAGGUAACUUGGUCAGACAUGUCCAAUUGCAUGCCAAUGAUGCAAAAUGUAUUUGUGGUGUUUGCGGUGAAUCCUUCCUACAGAGCUCUGAAUUGAAAUCCCACAUACAAUUCCACAAUACUUUACAGUACAGACUUGAUGGCAAACCACAUUUCUGUAAAGUUUGUGGUAGAGGAUUUAAUAAAAGGGGAUGUUUGAAUGUGCACAUGAGGAGCCACAUGGGAGGGAAAUCAUUUUCCUGUCAUGUGUGUGGUAAAGGAUUUGCCUCCAGAGGAAACUUGGCAGAACAUGUUAGGACCCAUACUGGGGGAAAAAUGUAUAACUGUAAUGAUUGUAACAAGAGGUUUACGAAGUGUACACACAGAGUGAAACUAUAUUGCUGUCAUAUGUGUGGAAAAGAGGUCUAUACCAGUGAGGACUUGAAAAAGCACAUGGUAAUCCACAUUGGUGAAAAGCCAUAUUCUUGUCAGGUUUGUGGUAAAGGAGUCAGUUCCAGCACAAACCUGGACAAACACAUGAAAAUCCACACAAGAAAAUGAAUUUUACUCAGAAGGGGUGCAGGUCCUAGUAUGAUUUAGAAGGAAAUAAAAACAUUGCAGUGGAAUAAUGUGCCCAAUGUUGUAUGUUUAUGUCCUUUUUCCAACAAGAGAAAAGGAGUAAAUUAAUUUGCUUUUAAUUACAAUUCCAGUUCAUUUAUCCCCAUGAAGUACUUUGUUUACAUGUGACAAAUACCCCCAAAUUUGUUUUCAGGAACAUUUUAUACCAGCCAAUCAAUGUUAUCUAGGUCACAACAGGCACACAUUUAAAAGUUAGGGUAAGAGUAGUUAAGUAAUUAAUUGUGGUCUAGUAAAGAGGCCUGUGUUGUUUUAGUAGCAUUUUUAGGUCUGAGGAAUAAUGUUCACUGGUAUUCAGUGUAGGUCUGAAUGUUAAAUCCAGAGGGUUUGUUUUUGCACCUUACUGAGGUCUGCCAUUCUGCCUUAAAUCUUAAAAUGGGAGCAUUGUAUUGUCUGUAAGUUUUGAGUCACAUCUUUUUUUUUUUACUUUGAUGUAACUGAUAUGACAGAUUUUAAGAUGAUGUUUCACUAGUAAAUAGAACUAUAGCUUUACAUGCAGGAUGUUAUAUUUACAAUGUGUUUAAAUGUGGCAUGCUUUGUCAAUUCAGUAAAUACAUUCCCAUGUUACUGUGUCUAUCAGGGUUUU